AUGCACCCAAACCCUCCCAGGAGGAGGACAGCCCCUCGCCCACCCCAUAACCCCAAACGCACCGAGGAGGGCUGCGGAGAUGCUGCCUGUGGUCACCGCCAUGUUCAUCCAAUGCAGAAACGUACGCUCAUUGGCUGUGAGGGUGUUGGGUUAAGAGGCCUGUCAGGACACGGCAGGGACGCUGGCCACGCCAGCCUCCACUUCCCGGCUCGCACACCGACCGAAACCCCAAUCAGGCUCCUCACCGAAGAAGGCCUUGGCCUCCGUGCGACGCAGUGCCGGUUGGGCAGACAUGGCGCCGAGUUUGCUCAAGCCCUUUUGGAUCUUCCCGGAUGCAGCCACCAAGUCAGGGAGAAGCAACCGUCCAAGGCCCCUGGCAGGACAGGGUUGGAGUGGCGCGACGGACUUUGA